GCGUGGGCUCGUACUGCUGUCAUGCCAUCCUCUCUUGCUCUCUUGAACAGCUUCACAGAGACCCUCCUGUUCUCCUGUCACGGACCGUUGCCUGUGUCUGUCCCGAAAGCUGGGUGCAGUUCUCUUUCUGUUUAGCUCACAGACACUGAAGAAACAUGGAGGCCAUCAAGAAGAAAAUGCAGAUGCUGAAGCUGGAUAAGGAGAACGCUAUAGACCGGGCAGAACAGGCUGAAAUAGACAAAAAAGGAGCAGAGGACAAAUGCAAACAGGUAAAGGAAGGAGCUACGCUGCACCUCACAGGCAACUCGUUGAACACUUUUAAACGUUUCAACGUAAACAUAAUGAAGGAAAAUUGCCAAGGCAACGCCGUGACGCCUGCGAAAAGCUCGAAGUUGAAAAUUCGCAGCAUGGCGACUUUGACGUCCAUAGACUCUGUCAGACGGAAAAUACAGACACUGCAGCAAGCGACGCAUGAGGCCGAAGAACAAGCAGAGCUGCUGCGGGAAGAAGCUGACAUGGAGAGAGGAAUGAAAGUCAUAGAGAACAGAGCAACAAAAGAUGAAGAGAAAAUGGAGAUCCAGGAGAUGCAGCUGAAGGAAGCCAAACACAUCGCUGAGGAGGCUGACCGCAAAUAUGAAGAGGUUGCACGCAAACUGGUGAUCCUGGAGGGUGAAUUGGAGCGCUCAGAGGAGCGUGCUGAAGUAGCUGAGGCUAAAUCAGGUGACCUUGAGGAAGAGCUGAAAAAUGUCACCAACAACUUGAAGUCACUGGAAGCACAGGCUGAAAAGUACUCUCAAAAGGAGGACAAAUAUGAAGAAGAAAUAAAAGUUCUUACUGACAAACUGAAGGAGGCUGAGACCCGUGCAGAGUUUGCUGAGAGGUCUGUGGCCAAGCUGGAGAAGACCAUUGAUGAUUUAGAAGAUGAAGUAUAUGCUCAGAAGCUGAAGGGCAAGGCUCUCAGUGAGGAGCUGGACCUGGCCCUCAACGAUAUGACUACACUGUAGAAGUUGUCUUACUUCUUCGCUGCCCCUCUUUCCUGUCUGAACUCUACUGCCUGUUUGCUGUUCUUUUUCUCCACUCCACAGUGCUACUGUGUGGUAAAAGAGUAAGCUAUUUCACAGGACUGGUCUUUUUUAAAGAAGAAGGUUGAGCUACUAUGUUGCUGUCUUCUCUUUAGCAAAAUAUUAGUUAAGCAAUUCUGUUUUCUCUUUCCCCUGUAAUAAAGCUGUCUUCACUUCACAACUU